AUGGUGCGCCAGGCUCAUCCUCAGCGCGGGACGCCUCUGCUGCUGCUGCUGCUGCUGCUCGCUCUGAUCGUCUUGGCGACUGUCGCCGUCGCGCAAGAUGCGAUCGACCCCGUCACCUACGUGCCGGCCACUCACAGCCUAACGUUCGGUCCGGGGUACAUCGCGUCUGUGAACACCGCAACCAACCCGCCGUCACUGGCCGUUGUCGACUCCACUGGCGCGCCUGUCGCGCCCACUUCUAACGCGGACGGAUCCUCCACGGUGGCCGGGUACACCGCGUACCCGAACGGCACCAUCACUGGUCCGGGCGGCCUUUCCAUCUACAUUGGUGCCGGCGACGCGCUGGUUGCUAUGGGAACAACAACAGUCCUGAAGAACGGAACCAUUGUGGACGGUUCGGGAAUGAAGCUCGUGCCGGUAACGAACCCUGACGGGUCGUACACUGCAGGGGACAUGACCGGGUGGGCUAACGGCACCAUCGUUGGCAGCGGCGGCGCCGUGAUCAACGCCGGCGCGCCGCUCACCCUCACAGCGGACGGCAGCAUUGCUUUCGCUCCGCAGGCAGCCCCUCCCGUGCCUGGCGCCGCCAUCUCCGUGAAUCCCGGCGCCCGCAGCCUGUCGGUGGGCGGCUACACGGUGUCGCUGAGUGGCAAUAAGCUCUCCUUGCUAGACUCCACCGGCAAGCCUGACACCACCACCACCAACCCCGACGGGUCCCGCUGUCUUGGCGACUACACGCUUUACAAGAACGGCACGAUCGCUGCUCCGGGCGGCAUUGCCAUUGACACUUCCGGUCCCAACGCGGGGCUGCGUGUGGGAACAACGACGGUUCUGAUAGUAAACGGAACGGUUCUGGACGGUACGGGAGCGAAGAUUGUGCCGACGGGUCCGAAUGAGGACGGGACUGCUGAACUUUUCUCUUUGGCAGCCAUGGCUAGGAAGCGCAAGACAGCAGCAGACGCUGCUACCGACGUCCUGCGGGAUCUCAAUGAGAUCACGUACAUAGCUUGGAUUAACAAGCAGAUUGCUUCGGGGCGCAAGCCCGCGGGCCCGAUGCCUGAAGGAAUACCGUCACCUGGAGCCACCUCCUACAAAGCUCCGUGUGACGUUCCAACGCGCGGUCGCCGUGACGCCGACCGGGUUGCAUCUUCGCGGGUCAUCGACGACAAUCCGCUUGACGACGACGACAACGAUAGCGAUUACAACGAGUACGCCGUCGGGACCGACGACGAGGCGGACUCUGGCGAGGAGCCGGACAAGGGCAUGUCCAACUCAGAGGAUGACGGCGAGGGCGAAGAGUCCGAGGACGAGGCCGACGCACCAGAGGAAACUCAGCCCUCGGCCCCGACCACGCGUGCCGGCCGUGCGACGCCUGCAGGCACCGCGAAAACCGCCUCAAAGGGAGGCGAGCCUCCACGCCGCGCGCCGAAGACCCGCAACCAGAUGCCUGUGAAGCGCAGUGUCUGGUCUCCACUGGAGAGCACGAUCUUUGUGGCCGCCCGCUGGUUCAUGAAAGACGAACUGGAGCCGCUGCUGGGGAAGCAGGGCUCGCAGUAUUGGGCGCGCCUUGUCAAGCACCUCGAAAAGGAGAACCCGGGGUGGGUUCGCGGCGUCAAUGCAGUUCAGAAACAGUGGCGGAACCUCGUCAAGUUCUACAAGCAGCUCAAGAAGGGAGAAAAGGCGUCGUGA